AUGUCGGAAUCAAGCUUGAGUACAGGGAUCGGUUCAACGCGAAGUCACUCGCAUAGGACAUUGACGCCAGACGCAGCUCCAGCUGCAUCAGACCCAGGUCUCGAUACUGCUUUACCGCCAAUAAACGCACAAAAUUCGUCCACCAGCCCUCGUCGAUUACAACACCGGUCUCAAACAUCCGUAAUAGUACGCAACCCUCGAGGACCCAACCGACCACCCUUCUACAACGCGCAGGAUUCGAUGACAAGUAUGGUAGCGAGGAGUCCUCAGAUGCAUCGCCGGAACGGGAGCACGUUGAAAACAGUAAUGCGGAGAAUAUUCAGUCGCAAAAGGCGAAGCCAGACGAAUGAAUUCGAGGAUACCGCUGAAGAAUCUCCGUUUAGAGAGUCUUUUCCUCGGCGAUCGGAUGCAGGGAGCGAGACAAAUUCCUUUCUGGCAAUAUCCAACUCGUUGAAUUCGAAAAGGAGUAGUCCGUUUCAAAAAGAGACUGGUCAUUUUGAUAUCACAGAGGAUGCCUUGCAAAGAUUAUCGCCGAUGCCACCCCGUCGACGAAGAGCUACACUUCCAAGCUUGAUACUUUCUGACGACGCGCUCGAGUCAGCGCUCGAUUCCGGUAAACCAGAGCACAGCCGAGUGGGAAGCGCAGACACCAAUAACCCCGAAGAUGAUAUGCGACGGCGUUACCUUCGAACCAAAAGAUGUUCGCGAAGUGCGACGAGCCUACGCCGAAUGGCAACAGAACAUCAAUUGUCUCCCAUUCAGUGGAGGCGACGGAGUACAGAGAUGAAUUUCUGGGGCCCAUCAGCUCCAUUCAGACCAGUCUCAGACAGUGAACUGUCUGUCAGGCCUACCACAGGAGUGACCGUCGCCAGCACGGCAAGGGAAUCCGUUAGGAAAUCCAUCGCGACGUCUGUUGCCCCCUCAGUUGCCCCUUCAGUUGCCCCUUCACAAAAAAUGGAAGUUGAAAGUAUACCGCCAAAUGUCGGACAACUGAUCAACUCCAUGCAGGCUGAUGACAAUCUCAGCCUGGAGCAACGGCUAGCAACGUUGGAGGUUAAACUCAUUGAUCUCGAGUUUGCAAUUGCCCGGAUGCAAGAUCAACGCGUUGAAAGUCCGCCAGCGGAUAAAUCAAAGCGCAAGAAGGCCUCGACUCCAGAUGUGUCUCAGCAACAUGCGCGCAAGAAAUCUUCCAGCUAUUUCCCGCCCACCGGAGGUGACACCUCUCGAAGCACUCCGUCGACGUCCGCAGAAGAGCGUCCUUUGAGCACUGGCACCAUCCGUCCCACCAAAACACUCCACCGCUCACAGACCAUGCAGACACCAUCAACAACGUCUUUGAGUGAUCUAAAUGGAAUCUCGGUCGAUCAAUACAGCGCUCUCGUCAUGCUUCUCAGAAGAGAGCAAUCAGCACGAAGGAAUUUGGAAAGCCAGGUUACGAGUCUUCAAGAGGACAUGCAAUAUUUCUUCAAGAUGGCCACGGACUCGAUGAAAAUGGGAUCAAGGUACCCGAUUCCUAGUGCAGACUCCCAUGAUUUUCUACGUUUUCGUCGAGCGAUGGACCGUCCACAAUCAGAUACCCCUAUUCGGAUAGACGACAAGAUUGGAUCGCCUUAUGACAGUGAUUCUGAUUUGGAAUCUGCUGAGAUGAAAGCGAAAGGCGAUAUAUUUGCACGAUCCAAGUGGGAUCGAAAUCGGAUUGAAAUCACGGGCAUGAUUUAG